AUGCAUAUGAAUUCCGAGUGGCAUAAAGAUGCAAUAGAAAAGUCAAAUAAUUUCAUUAGUGUUGUGACAAACAAAACUAAAAGUGUGGAAGAACUCGCCAACGAGAAUCUUCCAAAAUUAGUACAAACUAAUCGUGCAAAGUUAAAAUCAAUUGUUUCUUGUGUAUUGUUUUGUGCAUUACAUGACUUACCUUUAAGAGGAGAAACAAAUUCAAAUGCUGUAUUUGAUGAUUUGUUACAAUUUAGAUUAGAGUCAGGUGACGAAACACUGUGGAAACGCUUUGAGGAUGCACCUAAGAAUGAUACCUAUGUUUCUCAUAGAACCCAAAAUGAUUUAUGUGCCAAAGUACUAAGAAAUGAUUUGAUUAAUACUAUCAAUAACAGAGAAUCAUUUUCAGUUUUGUCAGACAAAUCAAUGGAUAUUGCAGGCACAGAACAACUUUCUCUUUCAGCGCAUUAUUUUGACCAUGCAACUAAUGUUGUCAGAGAAGUCUUCCUUGGAUUUACACCAUUAGCAAGGUUAGAUGUAAAACAUAUCUCCAACACAAUAGUAUCUACUUUAUCUGCUUGGGGUUUAAAUCUAGAUAAAAUGGUAGGGCAAGGCUAUGAUGGGUGCAGUACGAUGGCCGGUAAAAUUGGCAGAGUACAGAAGAUAAUUGCUGAGAAAUAUCCCAAGGCUCGCUUCUAUCAGGUUAGAAAUGCCAUUGGUACUAUCAAAGAAGGAAUUUCUUUUUUCCGGGGGAGCACGCAAAGGAAAGUCCUAGUUGGGAACCUUCAAAAACUGUGUGAGACACGCUGGUCUGAGAAGCAUAAGUCUAGAAGGAAAUUUAAUGAUAAGUUUUUAGAAAUUGUUGAAGCAUUAGCAAUUUUACAUAAAGAAGGAGAUCGUGAAACUGGUCAGAAAGUCUGGCAACUUUACUGCACACUUACUUCUCCAACAUUUAUUCUUACAUUAAAAGUCAUAGCAAAAUAUUCAGCCAAACUAGAACCUGUCACCAAUAUCCUACAAUCAGUAAACAUUAACUUGUUAGAAGUUUCAGAACACAUUCAAGGAAUUGUAAAAAUGUUAUUGGAUGACAGAGAAAAUGCGGAAGCCGAAUUUGAAAUGAUAAUGAAAAGUGCUGAAAGCAACUAUAGUGCACUUGGAAUAGAUGUCACUGUCCAGUCCUUGCAAGAACGGUUUUCAGACGAUAACAAGGCAUCUUUUGAGAUUUUCUGCUUGCACCCAAAGGUAAUGAAAUCCCAAAGCAACCUAGAUAUGAAAAGGAUAAUUGAAAAUAUCAAAAGAUUUUAUGGCGAUCUUUUAGAUAAUUUCACUGAAGAAGCAUGGACAUGGAUCAGUAUGUGGAAACGCAAUAAAGUAACUGAAGGAGAUAUUGCUCAAUUAAGCCUGACUGAUCUACAGGACAAAGCCAAAUUCAUGCCCGCCGUAGCUUCAGCUUCAAAGAUAGCCCUUAGCUUACUGGCAACCACCUGCUCUGCGGAAAGAUCGUUCAGCACUCACAGGAGUGUGAAAACGUGGCUAAGAACUACCAUGGCAGAUAAUCGACUCAGUUGUUUGUGUAUGGUGUCAGUUCAUCGUGAUAAGAUAAAAUCAGAGGAGGAAUCCUUUAUCGAAAUAGUGGUAGAUAGUUAUGGGAAGGACCCGAGACGAAUUCAAUUUCUGUUUGAUAUUUCAAACUACAUUAAUAUGUUUGUAACAAUAAAACAGCCACAUCAUCCUUACAACCAAAGUUCAAAAAAAUUUGUUAAGACAUGA